GUUGAUCCUCAUGGUUACUCAUGGGCUAACUUAAGUGAAGAUAUAAUAAAGUUUUAUUGGGAUGAGUUUAAGAAGCAUUGCUAUUGGAAUCCUAUAAUAGAAUCUUCAGUAAAGGCAGCGUGGACUACAAAAGCUAAACAAAGAUAUUCCAAUUAUCUCAGUAAUAUGAAAACAGGAAGAUGUCAGAGGAAUUCAUCAAUCACUCAAGAAGUUUGGGACAGUUGGAUGACUAUGUGGAGUAGUGAAGAAUUUCAGAAGAAAUCUAAUCAAAGCAAAAAAAAUAGGCGUCAAGGUGAAUUAGAGAAGACUGCCCCCUCUACUCAUACUAGUGGAGCCAUAUCACAUGCCAAAGUUGCCUGUCAAAUUG